UGCUACUGGUAUCACAUCAAGCUCAGCUAGUAGAAGAAGCAGCAGCUGCAGCUUCAUCCCAAAUCAAAACAUAUUAUCCCAACCCCAUCCUCCUUCUCUCUUGCCCAUUCCAUUCCGCCUCUUUCGUCCGCUAGUUGCAAGAAUGGAUGGGUGUGGAGGUUCAACCUUGUUCCCGUUGCACCGCUGUAAAACGAUACAUCUGGUCAGGCAUGCACAAGGCAUUCACAAUGUAGAAGGAGAUAAGAACUAUAAAGCAUAUAUGUCGCCUGAAUAUUAUGAUGCGCACCUUACACAACUAGGUUGGCAGCAGGUAGAUAACUUGCGUAAACAUGUUCAUGCAUGUGAGCUGCUCAAGAAGGUUGAAUUGGUCAUAACUUCUCCGUUGUUAAGGGUCGAUUGCAUAGUUAUUAUCCAUCUCAAAAAAUACAGGACUCAAUUUGUCCAUAAUUAGUGGGACAUCAAAUGAUAGGGCACCAAAAGAAUUCCGCUGGAAUGCACGGGAUGUUUAGAUGAGAUCAAUUUGUUGAUAAGGCAUCCUUUAAUUUUUACAUUUAACUGUCUGGUUUAUCGAGUAUAGAUUAUCAGGUCUCAAUUUUGACAGUUACAAUUCAACCUUGGAGGCAGCAUACAUGUUGCACUUAACAUCAAUUGCACUAUGAGAAGAGCUUUAGCAUUUGCUAUGUGGAAUAAUUCGUAUAGUGAACAUUUUAGAUGAAGAUGAUAGUGAUGUACGAUGUAAAAAAUACGAGACCCGGUUUCUUAUAUAUUAAUGACUAUGCAAACAGCUGUUGGAGUAUUUGGUGGAGAGGGUUACACAGAUAGGAUGGAUGUGAUACCUCUUAUGGCAGCUAAUGCAGGAAAUAGUAACCGUCCUGCAAUUUCAAGUUUGAACUGUCCACCUAUUAUUGCAGUAGAACUUUGCCGUGAACAUUUGGGAGUUCAUCCUUGUGACAAAAGACGAAGCGUCAGUGAAUAUCAAUACCUCUUCCCGGCAAUUGAUUUUUCGUUGAUAGAAUCUGAUGAGGAUUUGUUAUGGAAGGCUAAUAUUAGAGAGACACAACAAGAACUUGCAGAAAGGGGAAGGCAAUUUUUUAACUGGUUAUGGACUCGGAAAGAGAAGGAGAUUGCAAUUGUUACACACAGCGGAUUCUUGUUUCAUACACUCAAAGAGUUUGGCAACGACUGUAAUCCUUCGAUGAGAAAAGAAAUAUGCAAACAUUUUGCAAACUGUGAACUUCGUUCUUUGGUGCUGGUGGACAACAGCAUGAUUGGAUCAGAUUCUUCCACAACUAAUUAUCCAGGAAAAAUUCCUCCUGGGCCAGACGCCAGUGAUGUUUGACUGAGUAUGUCAAAAAGAUGGAACCAACUUCGUGAUUUGUAUUAUGCAAUUACGUUGUUUGCACAUGGUUACGGUCCCUAUUCAUGAGUUCAUGCUCAGAGAAAUCUGAAAGAUUACAAUCUUUGUUUCUCUGUAUUUUUACAACUCAGAUCAGUUACCCUGUAUGGAUUAAUAUCAUAAUGUGUGUUGUGAGACAUAAGAUUUCUAACAGGCAUUGAUUAUUAUAAAUUUGUCAGCUUCUGUUCCGUGCUCC